GCAUGCGAGGGGGUGUGGGGGCGCGGGUCUCCCCGCCGCGCUGCCGGCCGUGCGGCUCGGAUGCGGCACUGGCCAUUCCCGUGCAAACCGCAGCCGGGCUGGGGUGCCCAGUGCCGGCUUCCCCCAGACAAAGAAAGUGCAGCAGCCGCGAUGUUUCCGAGGAGCGUUAUGCAUCGGUUUCGAGAUGCGCUUUCAGCUGCCGGGAGGGCGGAGGGGGGGGGGGGAUCACGAAAAUAAUAAAAAUCGCUCCUUUCCUCCGGCUGCAAAAGUUAGAUUUGCAGGAGGAAACGGGAAGAAAAUGGGAGCCUCGGUGCCUUCCCUCCCCCCCCCCCGCCCCCCCAAAGUUAGAAAUCGUGGAUUAUUUUUAAGGAAGAGAAACGGAGUGGGGAAGUGGAACAAUGGGAUUGGAAUAAAGCAUCCGCAGUGGGGAAUGUGGCUCAUUCGGUACGGCCGCUGCUCCUCACCUUCUUAAGAACUGAUUUUAUUUUUCCGAAAGGAAAGUGCUGAGCCGGAAUGUGGAGUGGCGGGUGUGUGGAUUUGUUAGGGCUGCUUGCAUUUUGCUUUUUUUUUUUUUUUUUUUUUUUUUCUGGUCAUGCAGUUUUUCUGCACGCUCUUUUUUUUUUUUUUCUUUUUGUCGCCGUGCCUGUGAACUGCACGCUGUAGUUUUGGGGCAGUUCGCAUGGCAGAUGUGUCGGUGGACACUUGCGAUGCUUUUGGGCGUGUGCCAGGGCUGUGGGCUGACAUGACUUUACACCGUGACCGGGGCUCCUGGACGAGAUGCCAGCGAUCACCCGGCGUAGGGGGCAACGCGUUUCGGGUUGUAAAAUCAAAGCUCUGCGGGCAAAGACCAACACCUACAUCAAGACCCCGGUUCGCGGGGAGGAGCCGCUCUUUGUUGUGACGGGCAGAAAGGAAGAUGUGGCCAUGGCCCGCAGGGAGAUCAUCUCGGCGGCCGAGCACUUCUCCAUGAUCCGAGCCUCGCGGAACAAGAACACGGCCCUGAACGGCACCGUUCCCGGACCCCCGAACCUGCCCGGCCAAACCACCAUCCAGGUGCGGGUGCCUUAUCGCGUGGUGGGCUUGGUCGUGGGGCCCAAGGGGGCCACCAUCAAGCGCAUCCAGCAGCAGACGCACACCUACAUCGUGACCCCGAGCCGGGACAAGGAGCCGGUCUUCGAGGUGACGGGCAUGCCCGAGAACGUGGACCGGGCCCGGGAGGAGAUCGAGGCGCACAUCGCCAUGCGCACCGGCGGCAUCAUCGAGCUGACGGACGAGAACGACUUCCACGCCAACGGCACGGACGUGGGCUUCGAGCUGAACGGCACGGGCAGCCUGUGGAGCAAGCCCACGCCGCCCAGCAUCACGCCCACCCCGGGCCGCAAGCCCUUCUGCAACUACCGCAACGACAGCUCCAGCUCGCUGGGCAGCGCCUCCACCGACUCCUACUUCGGGGGCGGCACGGCGGGGGGCGGCGGGGCCCGCCUGGCCGACUACAGCCCCCCGAGCCCGGCCCUGAGCUUCACCCACAACGGCAACAACAACAACAACAGCGCCAACGGCUACGUGUACGGCGGGGGCGGCGGGGGCGGCGGCGGCGGCGGCGGCGGCGACGUCCUCUCCUCCCCGGACUGCUGCUCCGAGCUGCCCUUCGACUCGCCGCCCGGCUUCGACCUGGCCCCGGCCCCGCCGCCGGGGGCCGCCCUCCUCUGGCCGCAGUUCGAGCGCGGCCCGGCCGCGCCGCCCUCGCCCGCGCCCCCCUCGCCCGCCGCCGCCGCCGCCUUCCCGGGCGCCGCGCCCGCCAAUGCCAACCUGGCGCUGCUGGUGAGCGGCCCCCGGCGGGGCGGCGGCGCCCCGCCCCCCGCGCGGCUCUCCCCGCCCCUGCACGGCAGCGCGGCGGGGCCCGAGCACCCGCUGGCGCGGCGGGUGCGCAGCGACCCCGGCGGGCGGCUGCUGGCCGCCUCCUACCCGCUGUACGCCAACGGGCUGGGCUCCCACCUGCCGGGGCUGCCCUCCGACUCGUCCGCCUCCUCCUCCUCCUCGUCCAGCUCCUCGUCCAGCUCCUCCUGCUCGUCCUCCGGCGCGCGGCGGAAGGGCAGCCGCGACUGCUCGGUGUGCUUCGAGAGCGAGGUGAUCGCGGCGCUGGUGCCCUGCGGCCACAACCUCUUCUGCAUGGAGUGCGCCAACCGCAUCUGCGAGAAGACGGAGCCGCAGUGCCCCGUGUGCCACAGCGCCGUCACCCAGGCCAUCCGCAUCUUCUCCUGAGAGCCGCCGCCGCGGCGGGGGCGGGCGGGGGGGCGGCGGCCGGGGCAGGGCCGGGGUCGCCGCCGAGGCCCCCGGCGCCGGGG